AUGCGGCUCUGGCCGCCCCUCUCUGUCUUCUUGCUCGGCUCCGCGCACUGGGUGUUCUGCGGCGGCCUCACCGAGCCGCCGCUCGUGUGUGUGAUCCCCGACAUCGGCAGGCAGUGCGCGGGUCCUGUCUCGUUGCUGGUUUCUCACGCCCAGCCGCGCUCACCGCGAGCUCGCUUCGGGGCGCAUUGCGCGCAUGCGCUGUCGCCUCACGCGCCUCUACCACCUGUUUCCUGGCUUGCCGCGUCCCGGCCGCUGUCUUCGUCUCCGCCACUGCCGCCUCCGCGCCAAGAGCUCCGCGCAGCUCCAGCUGCUUUCAGCUGCCCGUCUUCGGCUCGUGCUCGCCCUGGACGGCGAUGGAGGCACUGGCUGUUGCCUCCUGCCUGCGGAGCGGCUUCUUCUGUCCGGCAGAAGCAGCGACCUUCUCGGUCUGGCUGCUCUUUCUUGUUUGCAAGUGCCCGAGCAUUCGGUUGUCCGUCAUUUCACUCGUCGCUCCUCCUUCUGCCCGCGCGAGCGCUGUCACUGCGCUCCGAGAGGCCGGCGACGCAGAGCCCUGCGGUUGCGAGCUCGUGCGCUUCCUCACGCGCUGCAUCGCGGUCACUUACUGGAGACAGCGGAUCGAAGCGGUUCUUCCCCCUUAGUCAAACUGCAGAAGUGGGUGCUCUGCUGGACUCCACGGCUUCUUGCCAAUCGUCGCAACGCCGUCACUCACUAGGCCUCUUGCGCGUGCGAGCGACGGGUCUGAGAUCUCAACCGGCCGUCUGCUCCAACCCUGAUGGAGAAAUGUCUUCCACGUUUCUUCCUCCCUCACGUGCAGACUCUCGUUUGCCUCGCGUUUCCUGGGGCUUUGUGCAGCCUUCUCCAGCGCCAGCCUCCUUCGCCGCUCACUGCCGAGGCACUCGCCUGCCUGCCGUCUGUCCCCGGCGUCCUGCGUGUCACGCUGCAGCCUUCGACGCGAAGCGAGCGCGAGGGAGGCCGACGGCGGCGUCCUCGCUGAGGCCGGAGACACGCAGACGCCGUGCUAGCAGCCCACACCCAGAGGCGGAGGACCCGCACAGUGAACCGGGCGAAAGCGAGAGACAGGGAAGAAGCGGCAGCUCUCGCGCGGGCCGCGGACAAGAUGACGGAGUCGCAGAGGCAGACGCGACCCUCCGCUCUGACCGCAGCACCGGCGCGGCCCAGCUGACCCGCCAAAAACAGCAGCCGACACACGCUGCAGCGCGGUCUGCCGGCGCAGGCACCACGGCCGCUUUGCUGAAGACUCUGGCGACAGGCCAGCGUCACCGGGCGGUGAAACUACACAGACGCGCGACAGAGCAAAACGAGCCAGAGCAAGCGGCGCCAGCUGCCGCAAGGAGAUCGACAGGACGGGGGAGCGCCGGAGCCGAGACAGUGAGGGCAGGUUGGCUGACGACGCGCCUUUCGCCUUUGCAGCCGACGCAGGCUACAGACGCGAAGAGCCCGCGCUCCAGGAACGCAGCGCCCCGACGCUCAGGAGCGACCGACGAAAACGGAGACCGGCUGUCGACGGCGGCUGCCGCAGAGACUCGUCGAGAGGGAGGUCGCGCAUUGGGCGCGAAGACGGCGAGUAGCACACAAAAUGGGGGGACUGGCGCGAUGGGGAGAGACGCCAAGGGAGCGCGGAUGGGCGUCGCCCAACCGAACGAGGACGCGGAAGGAGCCUCUCUGCCGGACGACGCCCGCGACGCUACUGAAGAUGAGGGAGCAAACGAGGGAGUUUCGAGAUCUGUCCCCGUGGCGGGAGCGCAUGGCGACCGCACAAUUGACCAUGCACGGGCGCCGGAUGCAGACUCGCGAAGAAGCAUGGCUACGAGGUCGAAUGCGAUCGGAGGAACGGGUGCCUGCCAAACCCACACGGAAGCUGCCGAAGACAAACCGCCAGCGGGCACAGCUCAGGAGGCCUGGAAACGUUUUCCGGCUGCUGCCUCCUCGCUGGUGCGGCGCCCUCGACGGCCAGCUGCCUCCUGGCCCUCUCGUGCGCCGCCAACGCGUGCCACAGCGGCGACGAGAGCUUCGCUCGGCUUUCGAGACCGACGAAAGGGUCGGCGGGAAGCCGCGACUCACGCGCCUGCGCGAAGCGGGGACGCUUCAGAGUUGAGCCGUGGUACGUUUUCUGAAGAGAGAAGCCAGCCGGGGUCGUCGCCCGGAGGCGCUUUCGACGGCGAGCGCGAGGGCAAACAAGACGCCAAGCUCCUCUUGACCCUUCCUGCGUCCUCCUAUCCUCCGUCGCCGCUGUGUCCCGGCCUUCGACUGCUGCCAGACGCGCUCCGCGCACGGCGUUCGUUCCAAGGCUUCACGGGCCUCGUGGACCUCACAGCACUGUCUCCGCUGUCUCCUUGGCAGCCGCCCUUUUCGCCGUCUUCUGUAGCAUCUCCCGCGGGCGACGCGAUGGCCCAAGAAACUGGGCGGACGAACUGCGCCCCGUCUGGAGAAGCCGCGAGCGGAGCCGGAGAGUCUGGCACCGUGGAAGGCCAUGGGCAGCUGGAGGCCUCGGGGCCGGCGGACUCCGAUGGAGCGCCAGAAGACCUCGAGAGACGCCAUCCGGGGGCCUCCUUGGCGGUUCCCAAUGACGCGGAGAGCGAGGGGCGGCGCCAGACUGGCAGCCGAGAACCCGGCUGCCAGUCGGCAGGCAGCUACAAACACGAUGAACCGACGGAGUUUCCAGAUGAUGCGAAGCGACCUGAUGGCAUCGAAUGCAGCACUGAAGACUCCACACGGACACCCUGGACUCCGCCCACGUUUGAUCGCCAAAGUUUCCAGGCUAUCGGGGUGACGCACUCCGCGCUGCUGGCUUCUCUGGAGCGCACAGGAAUCUCAGUCCCCACAGCGAUCCAGCGUCUGGCGGCGAAGGCGCUUCUCUUGAAUGUGGGAAACCGCAUCGACUCGUCUCCAUCGUCGUCUCCCUCCCGUAGGGAUCGCCCGACAAGCCUGAGCAACUGGCCGGGGCCCGCAGACCUGCGAGUGUGGCUGCUGGAGGCCUUCACAGGGAGCGGUAAGACCCUGGCCUUCCUCCUGCCUCUCUUCCAGGAGCUGCUGGAAGCCGCGAGAUCGCCCUCCCUGCGGGCGUCCACUCCCUCAAUCGAGGUUCUCAUUCUGGCUCCGGGGCGGGAGCUGGCUGCUCAGAUCUACGCAGUUUGUCGAGCUCUCAUAGCCGCAGCCUCUGGCGCAACCCAGAGCGAACACGAGCAACCUCCACACGACAGCAGCGCAUGCGGGAAUGGCGUCUUGCCCACGCCUGGCAUCGCUGGUUUCUCCAGCUCUUCGGCGACGUCGCGCCCUGCCACGUGUCUGCCUGUCACAUCUCUGCUGCGGCCGUGUCUUCUAGUUGGCGGCGCGAAUCCUGAGCGUCAACUGGAACGCCUCAAGACGCAGAGACCUAACAUUGUGAUCGCCACGCCGGGCAGACUGCGCUCCUUUUUGAACUCUCCCCGGGGGCGCAUGCGUCGACUCGUGAGCCUUCGGUCUUGCCACUCUGUUGUCCUCGACGAAGUGGAUGCCCUCCUUGAGGAGAGACCUCAACUGGAGCUACUUUCCUCUUCUCCACAUCAGAGGCCGAACGAAAAACUCCUCUCCGCCAGCCCACAGAGGGGAAGCCGCACUAUCAUCAACGAUAACGGCCUUGUGGACGGCGAGGAACCCGAAACAGGAUGCAGGGAUGCAACAUCGAAUGCAAGCAGUGACACGGCCACGCUGAGUGGCGACGAGGCGAAAAGAGCGAGACUAGAGGGAAGGCGCCGAGAGAGACUCGGGAGAGCUAUGCGCAAAGAACUGGAAGCGCGGUUGAGCCAGUGGGAGGCGCGGCGGAAGUUUCAUAUGUGGAGGGAGCGGAGAGUCCAGCGAGAGGAGGAGCAAAGCAUUAUCGACAGGCUGAGGAUGGAGGACGCGAGGAAGAGCGGCGCUGCGUCAGAAAAUGAGCCCGAGCAAGCGAGUUGGAAGGUGCUCACGGAGUUGAAGAGUCAUGAGAAAUCCAGAAAGAGAGUGUCCUUCAUUGAGCAGGAGAAACAGUUCCAGGUUGACAGAGAGAAAUACGUCGAGGCCACACGUGACAAACUCAAAAAACGACUGGAGGCUCAACUCGCCAAACCGAUCGGUGCAGAUCGGCCUGGAACUCUCAGAGACAUCCAGGCUAUCAUGCGUCACCUGGCGAAGGCCUGGCGCAAGGCAGGACGACCCAUCAGCCAAUCGAGCGAACCCUGUGAUGGAGAUCGCCCCGGAUGCCUUAAGCAGGAAGACGGAACACAAGGCGAGGAGGCGUGGACACCCACAGCGCGACUGGGACCGGAAACACCAGAAGGAAACUACUCCGCGCAGGAGGGUGCACGCCAGAGAAAAAACGAAACAGCAGCAAGAAUGCAGAACGACGAGACAGGGGCAGGAGUGCCAAGCGGUUGUCAGACGGUCUCGGACACGGCUGAGUGUUCCCACUCUCUCGAAAACGCUUCCCUUGACAAGGCCUCCAGCGGCUCGUCCUCGCUCCCUCCCCUUUCGACCCCGACGCUGUUGCCGACUUUUGAACGGCUGGCGAGUGCGAAUCCUCACGAACUGCCUCAAUGCGCCUCUUCCCCGUCUUCUCUGUCUCCAUCCGCUGCCGCCACUUCUUUUCUGCCUCCUUCAGAUUCGCCGUCGUCGUCUCGGCGGCCGCGCAUGCUGCUUGUUUCGGCCACGGCAUCGCGCUUGGCUCCACAUCGCGUGAAGGACCUUCUCUUGCUGCCGCAGGAGACGGGCGUGCAGCUUCUACGCUCUCGCUCUCUCUGGCGCUCUACAGAAGCGCAUGUGCCUCCCCUCGCAUCUUCCGCGGCUCCUUCAUCGCGUCCGUUUUCGUCUGGUGCCGCCGAUGAGGUCGCGUGUGAGUCUGCUGGACGCGGGGCGACUGGAGCAGUCUCCAAUCUCGAGGGAACGGGACUGGCGGAACGAGAGAACUUGAUUCACCUGUACAUAGAGUCGAGCAACGACGAUAUUCUCCGAAACUUCCAGAAGUUUCUGAAGGCAGAGCCCCUCGAAAAGACCCUUCUCGUCUUCUGCAACAAACAGAAAACAGCUGCCUGGCUCCACGAAUGGUUCGCGAAGAACGAACCCGAAGUCGAGAGCCUCCUGCUAGACGGGUGGCUGAACAAAACGCAGAGGCGCUCCGCUCUCCGCCGCCUUCUAGCGGGUCCUUCCCCUCUUGGGGGGGGCUGCCCGACUAAACACGACGAGGGAACGGACCUGACCAGAUCGGAGAACGUGUUGCCGCCUGGCACGAGGUCCGCAUGGAUGACAACCGAGUUAGCGGCGAGAGGCUUGGACUUCACUGGAGUGAGCGUCGCAGUCAACUUCCAGCUUCCGGCGGACAGCACGCACUACUUGCACCGAGCUGGGCGCGUCGGAAGGGCUGGCAAUCCAGGAGCAGUGAUAUCCUUCUGCCGGCCCGGUGAGGCGUCUGUUAUUCGACGGUUUGCCCGCGAGCUCAACAUUACGAUUCAUCCAGUGCGCAUUUUCCACGGAAGACUGUGGGUUUUGGAGGAGAAAGGCAGGAGAAACAGCGCUUUUAUCCAAAGCAGGGAAGCGUCGUGCGCGACUUAG